AUGAUUAAUGUAAUUGAUUUAAUAAGAUUUGAGAAGCUAAGAAGAGUCAGCCCUGGAUUCAGCUUUGUCUACGUCCGUGUUGUUUCGGUGCAGAGGACGCUUCAGCAUCAUCAAGCAGUGCAGAGAGAAACUCAGCGGGAACGCCCUGGCGGCCAAAAUCAUCCCUUACCAAGCAGAAGACAAGGAGGUCGUGCUCCAGGAGUACAGAUCCUGAGGAAGCUUCACCACACCAACAUCGGACAACUGCAGGGGGCUUAUGUCAGCCCCCGCCACCUGGUGCUGAUCCUGGAGCUGUGUGUGGGCCCUGAGCUGCUUCAUGCCCUGGCUGGAAGGUCCUCCUAUUCAGAGGUGGAAGUCAGAGACUACCUGUGGCAGAUACUUACUGCUGUUGAGUUCCUUCACGCUCAGAGCAUCCUUCACAUGGAUCUGAGGUCUGAAAAUAUGAUUAUUACUGAACCGAACCUGCUUAAACUCCUGGACUUUGGCAAUGCACAGUUCUACAAUCCAGACAGAGUGAUAACUCUGGAGGGGUGCACAGACUAUGUGGAAACAAUGGCUUCAGAGCUCCUGUCGGAUAAAGGAGCAGUCCCGCAGACUGACAUCUGGGCUGUCGGUGUAACGGCUUUCAUCAUGCUGAGUGCUGAAUACCCCAUCAGUUCUGAGGCAGCCUGUGACUUCGGGAGGCUGGUGAAGCGAGAGAAGAUCAAGCUGAACAGAUGCUAUGCAGGCCUCUCCGGAGGAGCUGUCUCCUUCCUCCAAAGCACUCUUUCCUCAAAUCCAUGGAGGAGACUCACAGCCUCUGAAUGCCUUCAGUCUCCGUGGCUGCAGGAGACGGGCUUGGAUGAGAGGCAGCAAGCGACGGUCACUUUCUCCACCACCAAGCUGAGGAAUUUCGUGGCAGAGCGGGAAAGGAAGAGGGCCUUGCUGUGUUCAAAGUACGGCUUGAUGACUGUAUGAUGAAGCGAUUCCGGGCGUGAUCACCGCGAUGCUGCCUUCCCCCUCCACGUCCCUGAGAACACCUACGCAGGAUGCUUUGUACUUAGAUUAUGACGAUUUCUGUUUUCUGGACUGAAAAGUAACAGGUGCCGUCUGCAGACCGAACGGCACAGAUGAA